AUGGGGAAUCCACCAAGAACCCGGAAAAGGGUCCAUGCAAUCCGUCGUGCCCUUGAUGGAAGCGCCUUCAAGAACUGCGACAAUUGUGGGGUUAUGGUAGCAAUCGCUUUGGCUGAUUUGCAUGAAUGUGAAGGUGGAAGCAAAAACAAUGUGAAGAGAUUCAAAGGCUUGAAUGGAGAACAAAAAGUUGUCCAACAAAGAUUUUGUGAGCAACCCAGAUCGCCAUUUCGACUCUUCAUGGAAAAUUUUAUGAAGACUGGCAAGAUUUGGAACAUUAUUGAUAUUGAUCGAAAAGGGUUCGAGACUUGGAGGAAUAUGUCAAAGGAGGUGAUGGAGAGGGAGCCAUACGUCAUGAAAGCUGACGAGAUUAACUUGGCUUAUUUUAAAAGUUUGAUUAAAGAAAUUGAUGAUAAGUCAGAGGUCGAUGAUGAGGCAGAUUCAGCAAUGGUUGGGAAGUUUGAUCUGUUCUCUGAACACUACGACAUCCCUGACAGCUUUUAUAGUUUUUCGUAUGAAGAUUUCGAGAGCUGUGACACAUGGGGACGUGACCCCUAUGUCUUCGUUGGUCCAAGGAUCCCAUCAAGUUUCAUCAAUUCUCAGUCUAAUGAAUCGGAAUCUGAUUCAACCUAUAAAAAACAAGCAAAGAGCCAAUCUAGCAUAUGGUGUGCAUCUUCCUCGGAUGAUUGA